UGCAUGCUGGGAAAUGCACGUGUAGAGAGGGCUCAAAGGUGACACCCUGAGUUAGCCAUCAUGUCCUCGAGAAUGAACCCAGGUGGUGAUGACCGCUUCCUGCGGGUCCAGAAGGACCCUCGCUUCUGGGAAAUGCCUGAAAAAGAGAGCAAAAUUAAGAUUGACAAGCGCUUCCAGGCAAUGUUUCAUGACAAGCGUUUCAAGUUGAAGUACACCAUGGAUAAACGUGGCCGGCCCAUCAACCACAGUUCCACAGAAGACAUGAAGCGCUUCUACAACGUCUCUGACUCUGAGGAAGAAGAUGCUGAGAGCAAGAAGGUAGUGGAAAGGAAGAAAAACAAGAACAAAGCCAAAGGAAUGUUGAAGGGAGAGAUCAAGGCUGAGAAAGAGCCAAACAAAGAAAAAGACACACAGGACAAAGACUUUAAAAUCACUGGCAAGCAGUUAAUACGAGGAGUCAGAGUUGUUGAAGCAGAUGAUAAUGAUGAUGAUGAUGAGCAGGAGGAGGAGCACCAGAGUUUAGACGAGGUUGAUGAAGACAACAGAGUUGGUGACAGCAGUGAAGAGGAAGAGGGAGAGGAAGAAGAUGGAGAUGUUAGUGAUGAAGUUGAAAGCGGGGACGAGGAUGAUAACGAGGUUUCAGAGGCGGAGAGCCACUCGGAUCAGGACUCAUCCAUUUCAGAGUCAGAGGAGGAUAGCGACAGCGGGCCAGACCUCGCCAGGGGAAAGGGCAACGUGGAGACCAGCUCGGACGAAGAUGAUGAAGACGAGGUGGAUGCCAUCCUGCGCCAUGAGGAAGAGGAGAUCGAACAUGACUGGGGAGAGCUGUGCAAAGACGCUUCACGCAAUGACCAGGUGACCAUGAGACUGGCUGUGUGUAACAUGGACUGGGACAGAAUAAAAGCCAAGGACCUGCUGGCCUUAUUUGGCUCUUUCAAACCUAAUGGAGGGGUCAUACUCUCUGUGAAGAUCUACCCUUCAGAGUUCGGGAGGGAGAGAAUGCAUUUGGAGAAGACCCAAGGGCCCCUGGAGCUGAGGGCCCUGCCAGAUGACCCAGAGGAGGACAAUGAGGAGCAGAGGGUUUACAGGGAGAAGAUGCGCGACUACCAGUUCAAGCGCUUGAAGUACUAUUAUGCCGUGGUGGAGUGUGACUCCGCGGAGACCGCUUCCAAGAUCUACAACGAGUGCGACGGCUUUGAGUACGAGAGUAGCUGCUCCAUCAUUGACCUGCGGUUCGUUCCUGACGAUGUCACGUUUGACGAGGAACCAAAAGAUGUGGCAUCAGAGGUGGACCUGUCGGCCUACACCCCAAAGCUGUUCACCUCAGCAGCCACCUCUACGUCAAAAGUGGAGCUGACGUGGGACGAAACAGACCAUGAGCGUGUGACGGCUCUCCAGAGGAAGUUCAACAAGGAUGAAAUGUUGGAGAUGGACUUCAAUGCCUACCUGGCCUCAUCCAGCGAAGAUGAAGAAGAGGAGGAGGAGGAGGAGAAUGGAGAGGAACUGGACAUGGAUGGGGAUAAAGCAGAAGGCCAAAAGAAAGGAGAGACUGCUGAGGAGGAAGAUAAACCGAGAGCAAAUGAGAAGAAGAAGAAGAAGAAGACCACCGAGCAGAUCGCCAAGUACAGAGAGCUCCUGAAAAGCAUCCAGGAAAAAGAGAAGAGACAACAGGAAGACAAGGACAUGGAGAUGGAAAUAACCUGGGUACCAGGUCUCAAGGAGACCACAGAGCAGCUGGUGAAGAAGAAGCUGGAGGGUAAAGAUGAACCAACACCCUGGGAGGGCUACCUAAACAAAAAGAAAGAGAAGAAGAAACAAAAGAAAGCAAAAAGAAAACAGGGAGCAACUGACUCGGAGCUCAGCGAUGAUGAGCUUCCUCCAGAUGUCGAUUUCAAUGACCCCUUCUUCGCUGAAGAGCUUGGUUCUUCAGAGCUGAAAACAAGAACAAAGGGGAAGAAGAACAAGAAAGCGGAGGAAGUGGAGAGAACGCCUGAGGAAAAUGAGGAAUUAGAGAAACAAAAGGCGGAGAUUGCUCUGCUAAUGGAGGAUGAAGACGACGCCCAACACAAACACUUCAACUACGACCAGAUUGUCAAGGAACAGAACUUGAGCAAGAAGAAGAAGAAGAAGCUCCUGAAGAAGAAGGACAAGCAUGUGGAGGAAGACGACUUCCAGGUGGAUGUUAGAGACCCACGUUUCCAGGCCAUGUUCACCUCCCACCUGUUCAGCCUGGACCCAUGCGACCCCAACUACAAAAAGACAAAAGGCACACAGAGCUUCCUGGCAGAGAAGCAGCGGCGACGGGAGGAGGAAGCCCUAGGGGCUCAGCAGGCCAUGCCCACACAGGAAGCGCAGAAUGUGGGACAGGAAACGGGGCUAAAGAAACAGGAAAAGGCUGCCGACUCUACUAAUGCGGCCGAGGCCUCUAAAAGGAAAGCCAUGGACCCCAGUCUGUCGCUGCUGGUCAAGUCAAUCAAGAACAAAACUGAGAAGUUCCAAGCACAAAAGAAACAGAGGAUUGCGUAAGGUCAGCAGAACCGGACAAUGGACAUCUUGUUUUUGUAGGAAACUGGUCUGUGUAAGAACCUGAUGAAAAGAGAAAAAAAAAAGCUAUUCUUGCCAUCUAAAAAACGAAUUUAACAUUUUUGUCCACUGUAAAAGUGGCUGAAACAUCCCAAAUUACCCAACUGCCUUAGAAAUUAGAGUUGUUUACCUGCCAUCGUGGUUCGUAGUAUAGGUAAACUCAUUCUCCAUCUACCAGCAAGUGGCAGGUUGUCUUCUCAUAUCCUGGCAGACAUAACAACAGUCACAGUAUCCCUUUCCUAUAUAGGGCUGAGGGUACUGCAGAUUAUUAUGGACUGUUCUGUAUAGGAAAUAUCUCAACUGCAGGGAAAUAAUGUGCACGAAUCCAAGUCAAAUGUGUAACAUGCAAAUUUGAGUGUAAAGCUUUUAAGAUCAUAGUACUAAGUCAGAUCAUUGUAACAUUCAGUAAAAUCAUAACUGUUGUCUCCAACCUCAAUGCUUCUGCACACAUCUGACCACUUCUUUCUCCAACAGUCAUCCUUUUUACCUACCAUCCCUAAUUCUCCUUCUCAUCAUCACCUUCUAUUACAACCUCCGCUCCAUCUCCCAUUAGCCUUUCCACUUCGGUAAACUAUUACGAGAAUUUGUUGCUCUUGAAACUGAUCAUUCAAUUGCUACCCUAUGCUCCACCCAGACUUCAGCACUCGACAAAUUCUACCUGAUCGCUACUAAACCAGCUCAAUCAGUAACUCCCUACCCAGACUCAAUGUGCUCUUUAUUUCCCGCUAGAAAACAGAUGUCUGUAUCAUAUCUGCUUGGAUGAGGGAGAGCAACAUCUAGCUUAAUUUGUCAACAACUGAGCUGCUGGUCACGCUAUCCAAAUCCUCCAUCCCCGGGGUCAUAUGCCGAUCAAGCUCGGUAUGUCGACAAUCAUGCCCUCCAAAUCUACAACGGAUCUCGUGAUGUUGAUUGACAACCGCUUCUCGUGUUCUGACCACAUUGUGGGUGUCUCCUGCUCCUGUCACUUUGCUCUUGGUGACAUCUGAAAGAUAUGACCACACAUCCUGAGCCAGAUGCUAGUAUUCCCUCGGUUAGAAUGUUGCAGUGCGUUUCUCACUGGUGUCGCAGCCCAUGCAAUACAGCCACUGCAAAGAAUCCAGAAUGAUGCUGCGCACUUUGUUUACAAUCUGCCAACAGAUGCAAGUUUCUCCUCUUUGUAGCUUUACAAUGAUCCCUGGUUGCUGCCUGAAUAAAA